UUACACAAAUGGACGCCAAACCAUUUCAAACCCUUAACCUGGAGGAGCAGGAGAUUGAGUUUGUCUAACCUCUAACUAAUGACCAAGCUGGUAGGAGUAGCUCUCAAGGGGUCGGUGAGCACUACCCAGUAUAGCGCAAUGGGUCAAGGUGCGCAAACCAUCACACUCGUUAAGACCCUGAAUCGUUGUGACGGGUCUAGUCUCGUUUCGACGGCUCGGUUGAAGUCCACUGCCAUAAUACAUUCCAAGAAUGCAGAAGGAAAUUCAUUCCAACUAGGCACUACACGAUUCGAGAAGAAGUUAGCUUUUAUAUCGAGCCUAGAUCUUUGCUGUUUCAUCGUUAGACUAUGGCCCCGCAAGUGGUCCGACGUAGCUGGCUCAAAGAAACCGGUUAACCCGAGACCGCUGAGACCCUUCAUGAUCUACAAUGUCUCUGGAAAAUCCCCUCACAAUCUGCAUCUCCUCAUUGAGUACAAACUUAAGUUAGCUAACCGAACAACAUACGGUAAACCCCGUUGGCCUUCUAUCAUCCCAGUGAUCAGUCUUUGCACAUUCUCAAUGCAAUUUACGUCCUUUUGCAGGAAGGGCGCAAAGGCCCAAACACAGUAUUCCAAAUGUGGUCUGACCACUGCUUUAUACAAGAGGAAAAAGACCUCUGGCCUGGUACAACUCAAAGCUCACCUGA